AAUACGUCAAGACCGUCGGGCCAAUCGUAACUGUCUGACAAGACGAUGCCGCUUAGUCAGAACGGGUGCAAGUUUCGCGUUUUAUUUACAUAUUUACAGUAACAAACAAGUCAGCGGGCCAAUCGUACCUUCAAGUUCUGUAAUAAUGUUGCACGCAACCAGACUUGCUCCUCUCAAAAUGCAACAAGACGAUGUCUUCUUUGCGUGUAUUUCGUCGGGAUCAACCUCAAUGUUCGAUCGUGCUAGCUACGAAUGAUCACAGUCUUGAAUUCAGAGACCCCUCAUCCACUGUAGAUAGCACCAGGAAUGUCCCACCAAUCAAUCAUCGCGCAACUCGCUGUUUGGUCGAGUUUACACCACGCUCAUCGACAAAGUUGGAAGGUUGCAGACUUCUAGGGGAGGGCUGGGGAACCCUUGGCUUGAUUUCGUUGAAUCAGGAUGUUUUUAUAUGUGUUGUGACUGGGUCCUCUCGGGCUGCAAUCCCACGACCCGGGGAAAGUGUCCUAAGAAUCAACAAUGUCGACUUUUACUGUUUGAAUCGACCUGACUAUGAUCACGGCGAAGAUUAUCAAAUACCGUCUCGAUUUGUCGCAGAAGAUAUUGGCAACGAUGACAUUGAUGACUCCAGAGAUGUAGUCACUGAUCACCCAUUCCUAGCGUUGAAAAGAUUGCUAGGUGAUAGUACCUUCUACUACAGCCUCGACUUCAAUCUCACUGAUCAUCUUCAAGAUCGAUCAAGCACUUCAACUGCUUUUGAUAUUGACAAUUUGAACGAAGGCAUGCUUUGGAAUUCUUAUAUGAUUGCUCCUCUCCUACUCUUCCGCAGUCGCCUAACAAAGCAUGAAAGGGAGAGUCUAGAUGCUUCUCGCAUUUUAACACUAGUAAUUAGAGGCUUUGCUGGAACACUGACGAUACCUGCAUCAUCCUUUCAUGUACCUCAGUUCCAUUCAAACCUCCCUUCAACUUUGACAGUGAUAUCACGGCUAUCCUCUCGGCGUGCUGGAACCAGAUUCAACUCUCGUGGGAUUGAUGAUGAUGGAAAUGUGUCGAACUUCGUUGAGACUGAGACCAUCUUGAGGAGCCCUUCAGGCAUUACUUUCUCAUAUAUUCAAGCACGGGGGUCGGUUCCAGUAUUUUGGGAACAAGCACCGGGUUUUAUUCCAGGGCAGCAGAAGAUUGAAAUAUCUCGGUCCUUCGACGCGACAAAACAUGCUUUUGACAAACAUUUUGAGGACCUGGAACUAAAGUAUGGAGCUGUCCACAUCAUCAACCUCUUGGGCAAGAGUAAGUCUGGUGAAAUGACACUCUCCGACCAAUUUCGCAAGCAUGUUACAAGGAGAGUACAUUCACAAGAAAGCGAGAGUACAAUGUCAUCCGAUCGUCAUCUCUUAGAAAUGACAGAAUUUGAUCUUAAUGCAGAGUCCAAGGGUCCCCUUGGAUACGAGGCUAGCAGCCAGAUCCGGUAUAUGAUAAACACCGCUCUAGACGGGUUUGGAUAUUUCUUGAUGGAGGACGCCGUUCCUGAACAAGAGCGUUCACCCUCAGCUGACACUAGCCGUAACGCUCCAAGGGUAAUACUGCAACAAGAGGGCAUCUUCAGGACGAAUUGCCUCGACUGUCUCGAUAGAACAAAUCUUAUACAGACUAUCAUCAGUCAAAUGGCCUUGGAAAACUUCCUUCAUCAACUAGGCGGUGAGAUGGUUCCUGAGCUUCGAAUGCGACAUUCCAGUUUGUGGGCAGACAACGGUGACGCUCUGUCCCGGAUAUAUGCUGGCACUGGUGCUCUCAAAACAUCAUUCACAAGACACGGGAAAAUGUCAUUGGCCGGCGCUUUUGCAGAUGCUAGAAAGAGUGCAACCCGCUUAUAUGUCAAUACAUUCGGAGACAAAGCCAGGCAGAACACGAUCGAUGUUUUAAUGGGUAGAUUGGCAAAUCAAGAACCGGUCGAUUUGUAUGAUCCUAUUAAUGAUAUUAUUUCGGCCGAGCUCGACCGCCGAAUUGAGGAAUAUACGUCCUCGAAAAACAUCAGAAUCUGGGCGGGCACCUUUAAUUUGAACGGCAAACCCGAUGGGGCAGCAACGGAUCUAUCUUCAUGGCUCCUUGCACUCCGUGACAGAGACGGGGAUGAUCCCAGCCUAGUUGCCGUGGCAUUUCAGGAAAUUGUAGAGUUGAGCCCCCAACAAAUUAUGUCUACUGACCCGGGCCCACGAAUAGUCUGGGAGAAUGCUGCCAGGGAUUGUCUUAAUUCAUAUGCAGAACAGUUUAAAUCCAAGAAGUAUGUCUUAUUGAGAAGUGGCCAGCUUGUUGGAACCGCUCUUUUGAUUUACGUACGCGAGGAUGCAAUCAACGACGUUAAGAAUGUGGAAGGCAGUGUGAAAAAGACGGGCCUUUCAGGGAUGGCUGGUAACAAAGGGGGUUGUGCAAUUCGUCUUGAAUUUUCAAAUACUAAAAUAUGUUUCGUAACAGCUCAUCUUGCAGCCGGUUUUGCAAACUAUGACGAACGGAAUAGGGACUACACUACCAUCAGCAAUGGCCUUAGAUUUCGAUACAAUAGGUCAAUUGAAGACCACGAUGCUAUUAUAUGGCUGGGCGAUUUUAAUUAUCGCAUCGGAGUAGGUGACCGUGAAGUACGACAAUUGAUCAAGAAACGGGAAUUCGGUACACUAUAUCAAAAUGAUCAGUUGAAUCUUCAAAUGAUAUCCGGUAGAACGUUUCCGUUUUACUCGGAAGGACUGAUUAAAUUCCCUCCAACAUACAAAUACGAUAUAGGGACCGAUGAAUAUGAUACUUCAGAAAAGGCUAGGAUACCAGCAUGGUGUGACCGUAUCCUUUGGAAAGGAUCUGGUCUUAAACAGAUAGAUUACUGCUCUUCGGACCUAAGAAUAUCAGAUCAUCGACCGGUGUUGGCUCUGUUUGAUUGUUCGAUCAGCAUUAUCAAUGAGAAUGAAAAGGAUCGCUUAAAUCGCCUCCUCUAUGAGCAGCGUCGGCGUGAGUUGGGUGAUUUAACAUACAGAGAUCAUCUUAUCGAUGUCGACGACGAAGCUACUGAACACCCGUCUUUUUCAUCCGAAUUACCUUCAGCUAGCUCAGAUCGCUACAAAUGGUGGCUGGAUGGAGGCCACCAAGUUAGGUCUGAGCUUAAACCUAACGUACCAGGGAACGUGGCGAAUAUUUUUGGAAAGCCCAAUCCUUUCAGCGAAAAUAACAGGCCUGAUUGGGUGAAGCCCCAAAUUUUACCCAGGCAGAACAGCAUCGGGCAAGUCGAAGACCUAUAUCCAGCACACCCGACCAUCAUCGAAAAAGGUAGUGGACUCAAAGACAGAAAAACAUUGAGGCCUGAAGUCCCCGUCAAACCCGCUAUACUUACUCCAUUAGCCGCACAAUCAACGCUCACACCUACACCUGGGUCUCAACGACAGGGUGAUACACUUAAACCUGCACUACCCCCAAGGUCGCCAUCAUUACAGAUAAGCGGUCAAAAUCUCACAGAAACUGAAUUGAGAACGACGAGGUACAGACAUACAGCAACCGAUCUUCUUGGUGGGGCAGAUCCGGCUUUACUAAAAGAUUGGAAACCUUUGGAUCCUCAUCGUUGAAUAUGUAUACCGUCGAUACAACAUGAUUCAAAAGAUAUAUCAUCCGUCACUUUUCAUGAUGAGACGAACAAAAUACUGCAGAGAUUAGGUCAUUGCCUGAAAAUUAGGGUCAUAAACAUAGUAAGAAAUGAAAUUUUCGGCAUAUCAAACUUGACACUCUUCUGUACAUAUGCAGUGCGAUUUAGAAUCACAA